AUGUGGACGCCUACGCGAUUUCUCAGCUUCCUCUUCCUCCUCGCUACCUCUGCCCAAGGUGCACCGACAAAAGAAGUUCAUGCAGACAUUGAGGGGAAAUGCAGCAGGAUCCAAGUAGCGAUCCUCGGCGCUGGCCUUGCUGGAAUCACUGCCGCCAAGGUAUUAGACGAUGCAGGCAUCAAGAACUUCACAAUUGUUGAGUACAACGACCGAAUCGGCGGGCGUGUGUACAAUCGCGCUUUUGGAAGACAGCCAAAUAGUGACGAGCCUUACUUUGUUGAACUCGGCGCGAACUGGGUCCAAGGCACUGAAAAUCCAACAGAAGAAAAUCCAAUCCUGACAUUGGUCAAAAAGUACAACCUAACCAAUACACCUUCCGACUUCUCCAACCUAACAGUCUUUGAUGAGACCGGCCAAGUGCACCCUGGCAGGUUAUCAGAAAGGUUCAAGGAACUUCAAUCGCUGUACGAUAACGCCACUGAAGAGUACCAGUACGACGCCGGUGAAAUAAUUCUUCAAAACCAGCUAGACCGCAGUGCCCGUGCCGGCCUCGCUAUCGCCAGCUGGAAGCCGGGCAGCGAACCGCUAGCCCAAGCGAUCGAGUGGUCUUCGAUUGAUUUCGAAUAUGCCAACCCUCCGGAGAAGACGUCUCAGCAGUACUCGGUCGUCAACACCAACACAUCCUUCCAACGUUGGGCGAACGAAAACAAUCUUGUACAUGAUGUCCGAGGAUUUGCCACCUUCUUCAAGGAGGAAGCGAAAUUGUUCCUGGACGAGACUAGCCAAUUAAAGCUGAAGACUAUUGUGAAGAACAUCACCUACUCUUCAGAAUCCGUCACGGUGUACAACGAAGACGGCAGCUGCAUCACUGCCGAUUACGCCAUCUGCACGUUCUCGCUAGGCGUCUUGCAAAAGGAGGUGGUCAGUUUCUCGCCAGAGCUGCCACGCUGGAAACGCAGUGCCAUCCAAUCUAUGACCAUGGGAACCUACACGAAAAUAUUCAUGCAGUUCAAGCCAGAAGAUGUAUUCUGGGACAAGAGCACUCAAUUCUUCCUGUACGCCGAUCCAGUACAGCGGGGUUACUAUCCUUAUUUCCAGUCCCUAGACCACACAGACUUUGUGGACGGCUCAGGCAUCCUCUUCGUCACCGUGGUCGACCAGCAAUCCUACGUUGUGGAGGCUCAAGAUUUUGAUACGACCAAGAGCCAGAUCAUGGAAGUUCUGAGGGACAUGUUCCAGCGGGAUAUUCCUGAUCCCAUUGACUUUUACCAUCACAACUGGACUCGUGAGCCUUGGGCGUACGGAUCCUACUCGAAUUGGCCGCCGGGUCUGACGUUGGAGAUGCAUCAAAACAUCCGCGCCAAUCUCGGGAAUCUGUGGUUCGCUGGCGAGGCCACUCAUCCACAAUACUUUGGGUUCCUGCAGGGCGCGUAUUACGAGGGGAUGAAUGCGGGCGAGGCUGUUGUAGGCUGCAUCAAGAACAAGGAGGAUUGUGUCAGAGGGGUCGCGUACGAGGUGUUGAAUGGCACGACUACUACUGACAAGUAUUCAAAGGUCAAUGGGUGGAGUACUAAAACAUUCGUCAAAGAGCUUGGUAUAAACAUAAAGAGUUGA